AUGCACACACUGACCAAACUGAAGAGCCACAUGAAGGCGUGCUGUCAGCCGCUGCACGAGGACACGUUCGGGGGGAAUCUGAAGGUGGGUCUGGCUCAGGUCGCGGCGAUGGAGAUCAGCAAGGGAAACCACCGAGACAACAAAGCUGUGAUCCGCUACCUGCCCUGGCUAUACCACCCGCCCUCAGCCAUGCAGCAGGGACCCAAAGAGUUCAUCGAGUGUGUGUCGCACAUCCGUCAGCUGUCGUGGCUGCUGCUGGGUUCUCUUACCCACACUGCACUGCAGCAGGGCUCCUCCUGCUGUAUGCCCAUCCCGCUGGACGCCGGCUCACACAUCGCAGACCACCUGAUCGUCAUCCUGAUCGGCUUCCCGGAGCAGUCCAAGACGUCAGUGCUGCACAUGUGUUCGCUCUUCCACGCCUUCAUGUUCGCUCAGCUGUGGACGGUGUACUGUGAGCAGGCGUCCACCGCUCCCUCCAGCCAGAACCAGAACCAGAACCAGAGCGAGCUGUGCAGCGGAGCCCUGCUCACCGGCCUGGAGUUCUGGAGCCGCGUCACACCCAGCAUACUGCAGCUCAUGGCACACAACAGAGUGAUGGUGGAGAUGGUGUGUCUGCAUGUCAUCAGCCUGAUGGAGGCGCUGCAGGAGUGUAACUCCACCAUCUUUGUUAAGCUGAUCCCCAUGUGGCUGCCGAUGAUCCAGUCUAACCUGAAUGUAAGUGUUGAUCACAGCGCUGCUCCUGCUCUGCUCCACAGUCACAUGUUGAAGCAUCACUCCACUCCUCAUGCUCAUUUACAGCUCCUCUAGAGGCACACAGAUCAGUCUGACCAUGUCUGAGUCCAUUCAGCUGAUCUCUGGGUCUGGUG